AUGGCGGAUGCAGAAGGUGAAUUUUCAAAAAGACACGGCACUAGAGUAUUUAAAAAAAGUAGCCCGAACGGGAAGGUCCGAUUUCAAAUAGAGGGCGUCGUUCUUGUUGACGAAUCAUAUGUAAAAAAUCGUCGAGUUUUUGUUCAUGUUUUGGCUGCGUUCCGAUACGGAAGAGAAGAUCUUGAUGUCUUAGGAUUGUCAUUCCGAAAGGACCUAUUCUUAGCUUCCGCGCAGCUGUAUCCUCCUCAGCAACCAUUUUUGGAUGGAACUAAAAGAAGGAGUCCAUCGUCUUAUGAGGAGGAAAAUUCUGCCGAACCUGAAAGCACUCCCACCGACUUAAAGCCUCUUACUCGUCUGCAGGAACGUCUGAUCAAAAAACUAGGUUCUAGCGCAUAUCCGUUUUAUUUUGAACUUCCAUUCGCUACGCCGGCUUCGGUCACUCUGCAGCCCGGUCCAAGUGAUAGUGGAAAGCCUUGCGGUGUGGAUUAUGAGCUAAGGGCUUACAUAGCUGAAGAAUGCGACGAAAAGCCUCAGUCUCGGAGCUCAGUGCGGAUGGCCAUUCGGAAGUUGACCUACGCCCCGGAGGAGUCGGUCCCUCAGCCUUCCGCGGAAAUCAUCAAGGACUUCAUAAUGAGCCCGGGAACCCUGCGUCUCGAGGUCUCACUCGACAAGGAGGUGCCUAUCUUUCGCCUUAAAUACUACCAUGGUGAGUACAUAGCUGUUAACGUGCUGGUGGACAACAACUCCAACAAAACUGUGAAGAAGAUCAAGGUGUCAGUGAUUCAGGUGGCGGACAUCAUGCUGUUCAGUCGCGCCGUCUACAAGUGCACAGUCGAUGAGGCGGAGUUUGAAGAGGGUUGUCCAAUCCUGCCGAGUCAAACAGGCUGGUGUAAGGUGUACCACAUGUGUCCUCUCCUCUCCAAUAAUCGAGAAAAACGCGGUCUUGCUCUCGACGGUAAACUCAAGAAUGAAGACACUAAUUUGGCCUCUUCCACAAUCAUUCUCAACCCCACACAGAAGGAGAAUCUCGGCAUCAUUGUCCAAUACCGCGUUCGAGUACGACUGGCUCUAGGAUUCGGAGCAAGCGACGUGUCGGUGGAGCUACCCUUCACGCUGGCGCACCCGAAGCCUCCGCCGGAGGAAAUUGAGGCCGAUUGCGGCAGCGCUAUCGUCCCCUCAUCAUUUCUCGCCAAACAAGGGACGGUAGAGGGAGAACCGGACCAGACAGAAGGGGAGCAGAUAGGGAGAGAGGUGAAGAUCACUGCCGGUGUCGCGACAGGUGACUUCAUCGACCUUGAGGAUCCUCCCUCUGGCAAACGGCAAGCCGGUUUUUUCCCCUUGACUAUCACCACCUUCUUUCCCUCUGAUUUAGCUACCUCUCUCGUCAACAUUGGUUUUGUUUCCCAGGCAGUGGAUUUGCCCAGUGACGAUUUGAUCUUCGAGGACUUUGCGCGUCUCCGACUGCGUGGACAGGACUCAACUGCUGGUGCGGGUGAGGAGACAGUGGCGUCCUCAAGCUCCAUCCUCGCCAUUGAAGAUACCCACCAGCCCAUUGCCGUCGUGGCCGCGACCACCAAUGUUGCUCCCACCGUCUCUACUGCCUCCGCCGUCCCCACCCCUUCCCACUGA